AUGAAGAUGCUUUCCGUAUUCCUUCUUCCUCUCGCAGCUAGUCUAUCUCUCGCGCAAAACUCAACAACUCCAACAACUCCAACAACAUCCCGAAACAGCACAGAAAGCAGCACAGAAUUAGAGUCGAAGACUUCCAUCGUCCUCCCCUUCUAUCCACCGUACCCUAUCUCCUCCAUUAAACCGUCUCCUACCACCUCCGCCAACGUCGUAGCAGCCGCCACGCCAGCGACCGACGCAUACUGGCAGCAUGAAUAUCGCGACUACUACGCCUCCAUCAUCACGGUCAUUUCCACCUCAACACUCGUGUACGCAAUCGACUGCGCCCCAAACUCCAGACAUGCCUCGUACACACGCGCCAAUGAGUUCAACUCAGCGUUCAUCUGCGCGAACAGUGUCGUAGGCCGAGGCCCCGUCACCGUCACCCAAGGACCCGAGCAAUGGAACUUCACCGUGACACAGACGACACGAACGUCGAGGCGGUCGUCUAAGAGGAUGCGGACGCAGACGCAGUUUGCGACGGUAGAAGUAGCAUGUGCGCAGCUGAGCGAGAAGACGAAGAGGUGUAGUUACAAGGAUGAGGGGGAUCAUGUGGGUACCGUUAAGGGGUUUCAGGAUUACUUCUCGACUAUGAAUCAGGCGCUCGUUACGGUUACAGCGGGAGUCGAUAAGCUGCCUAAGGAUGUACUGUCUAGUCUCGUUGAAGCUACUACUGUGGUCGUGAGCACAAGUGCGAGUUCAAGUCAGAGCAGGAGUUCGAGCGUUGCGACUUCGAGUAGUACUGCUGCUGCUCCUAAGAUCACUGGGGCUGUGGGUGUGGACGUGAUUUUUGGUGCUGCGGGUUUACUGGGCGCUGCGGUCUUCGGGGUAUAG